AUGAGAACCGCAGCCAAAGGCAAUCAGGAGGAGGAUGACUACGACGACGAGGAAUUUGGCUCCAGAAAAGAGGGCCCUUCUUCCAAUUCCAACAGCAAAGAUGCCAAGAACAACGAUAAGGCUAGUGCUAUACGAUCGAAACAUUCAGUCACGGAGCAGCGAAGGAGGAGCAAGAUCAACGAGAGAUUCCAGAUAUUGAGAGAUUUAAUACCCCAUAGUGAUCAAAAAAGAGAUACGGCAUCAUUCCUGCUCGAGGUGAUUGAGUAUGUCCAAUAUUUACAAGAAAAAGUCCACAAAUAUGAAGGUUCAUACCAGGGGUGGAGUCCUGAGCCCACAAAGUUAAUGCCGUGGAGAAAUAGUCACUGGCGUGUGCAGAGUUUUGUGGGUCAUCCUCAGGCCGGAAAGAAUGAUACUGGUGCAGUGUCACCUUUCCCUGGAAAAUUUGAUGAAAAUAGCAUUUCCAUCACCCCGAACAUGCUUGCAAAUAGCACACAGAAUCCAGUAGAAUCUGAUCCUAGCAGGGAUGUUGCUUCCAAAAUUAUGGAUCGGCAACCUGAGAUAGUGAACAAGGCAAUUCCUCUGCCUAUGCCUCUGCCGGUUAACAUGACUGGCCCUGUCAGAAGUGAUGGUAUACUUGCCCAUCCUCUUCAGGGACCAGUUUCUGAUGCCCAAUCAACUCAGUGCCCUCCCACUAGUGCUAUUGAUGCACUGAAUCAACAGGAGGAGCUGACAAUUGAAGGUGGCACAAUAAGCAUCUCAAGUGUUUACUCACAAGGGUUAUUAAACUCUCUGAAUGAAGCACUGCAGAGUGCUGGUGUUGAUCUGUCACGGGCUAGUGUCUCAGUGCAGAUUGAUCUUGGAAAUCGUGCGAACCGAGGGCUAUCCUCUGGAACACCUGCUUCUAAGGAUCAUGAGAUUCCCCAUUCAAGCAAUCAAACAGUGGCACAUUUUAGGGAUGCUGGCAGUGGAGAGGACUCAGAUCAAGCUCAUAAGUGCAUGAAGACAUAA